CAAAACCCAAACAGGGCCAGGCAUGGCAGCAGGCACAGAGAUGCUCAUCCCUCACAUCAGCUCUGUGGUGGCAGGGGGUCCCAUCCUCAAGACAUUGGGAUGUGAGCACCAAUUCAUCAGCCCCGACCCCACAGGGAGACACGCAAAACCCCCUCAAGUCUCCUCCACCACGGCACUUUCAGCACCUGAACAUCCCACCCUCAAUUUUCAAGCCAAAUCCCAUAAGGUUCCAUCUUGUGUCCCCAUCAGGGACCUUGCACAGGGGUCACAGUGGGGUGGGGUGACAAAGGGUGGCAUCAUGCCUUCCCUGAGCAAGGGAAAGGGGAGACAGGGGGAAAAACCAUCACCCAGGGCCAGACCAAGGGAUUCAGGGAGGCUUUGCUACCAGAGGGAAAAGCUAAACAGAAAUAAUGCCAGAGCAGGAUGGCACAGGGACAGCAGUGGGACAGGGAGGGGGAAAUCAGGGAGCUGCUACAGAUCUGUCCAGCAGGAGUGGGGGUGAGCUCCUGGCACCCAUCAGUCCUAUUUUUAUGGCUGGUUUUGACAAGGACACAAAAACACGUUCCCUUCUCUUCAAAGCCACCCUGGGUUUUGCCUGAGAUGGGGGCAGCUGCACCAUGCCUCAUCAGCAGGGCAAGAGGCAACUACAGCAGCUGGUUUUGGGGGCGAAAAAAAUGGCCAGAUUUAGGGAGGGUAGAUUUAAGUCUUAAAUGCAACAACUGCAUCGUCCCCCAUCACCAACAGCCCACACCCAUCCUCGGCUGCAGCCGAGGCCAGGGCGAGCGUAGGUGCCUAAAAAGUGAUGAUUGCAUCACCAGUGCGGAGCCAGUAGCGCUGGGCACAUCCCGUCCCCUCCCAGCAGGGCUGCAAGAGGCAGCGGCCGAGCGAGCGCGUCCGUCUGUCCGGGCUCCGGGAGCCAUGGCCGGGAUCGGGAUCGUGGUCACCCUCGGCCUCGCGGUGCUGCUGCCCAUGGCAGCUGCCUUCCCCUGCCGAGCCCUGCGCCCUGACAACGCCACGGCCUCCAAGCUGCUGGGAACGUGGCUGUACGUGGCCGGGGCUGCCCAGUUCCCCAGGCACCUCCUGGAGAUGCUGCUCAUCGACCACGGGCACCUGUACGUGGAGCCCCUCACGGAUGGGCAGGAGCUGCUCAUCACCCAGCACGUGGCCGCGGGGGACCAAUGUCUCACCAACAACCUCACCUACUUGGAAAUCGCCGCCGGUAACACCACGCUGGUGAAGCACGCCAAGACCCAGCAAACUGUGGGGACACUGAUGAACCUCAGCUCUGAAGACCUUUUACUCAUCCAGUACCAACUGCAGAGGGAAAGGACGUAUUUGGGACUGUAUCUCUAUGCCCGGAACCUGAGCAUGAGCACAGCUGACCGUGAGGAAUUCGAGCACCACGCCAAGUGCCUGGGGCUGAGGGAAGAGGAGAUCAUUUAUGCACCCUGGAAAACAGAGCUGUGUCAAACAAAAGAGGUAGAAAAAGGAAACACCCCACACACGGAGCCCAUGGCUGAGGGCACAGCAUCACCUCCUCCAGGUACCCUCCAGCCUGGGAGUGCAGGGAACUGACCCCACUUCAGCAAUAAAUGUUUUCUUCAAAUUCCA